AUAGAAACCUUGAAUUUACAGGCCCAUCGAUAAAAAUUUCUCGGCACUGCUUAGCCUCAGUUCUCAAAACCAGUCACGGUUUACCUUUGGUAGCCCUAGCAUAUCUCCACACUCUCACCAUAUCGAUAUUAAAACCAUGGAAAAUUCUAUACCAGUGGACGUUAGUGACAUCGCUGCCUUCCUAGCAUCCCCCUAUGAACUACCCAAACUCGUUGAGAAACGUUCUCCUUUGGAGAAAAGCAAGAUAUAUCAAGAUUUCACCUUCGAGUUACUUAAACAAUGUCAGUUAAAUUCCAGCAGCGGACCAAAAGAUGUAGAGGAGGAAAUCAACAGGAUCAAGAACUACUUUGAGGAGCUUCACCUUAGCAGACGCAGUUUCGAACAAGCCAAGUGGACAUUGAAUCCCAAAAAAAUAUACAAGAGGCAUCGUCGCCACCUCCAACUGGCUGGAGAUAGCCUUAAACUCCUAACAGCAACCAGAAAUACCUCGGACAGCAUUUUGCGGCGGAUGUUCAUGAGCUCAGAACAAUCACUUAUCAGCACCACGGCAAGCUUCUUCACCGCUGUUGAUUGUGUUACCCAGAAUAACAACGACCAUGCACCCAACCUAGAAACAAUUCACGA